AGCAUUGUGUUCAACAUGGAGCGGCAGCACGGCGGGCGCGUCUCCGUUUCGGUCUUCCCGACGUUUCAGAGCGAUGUGGAGAUCGCCAAGGUGGAGAACGGCAUGGCGACACAGGCGGCGCCCGCCGGAGGCGCGAAUGCUAUUCCUGGUGCGGUUGCAGGGGAUGGCGGCGGUAUGGGACUCGGUGGUGGGCGACUCAUGAGCAACUUAUCUCCGGAGGCGGUUAUUCCUGAAGUGCGGAUGGUUAUGAAGCAGCAUAAUGGGAAUUAUGAAGGAGCACCACCUUAUCCACAUCAUCCCUCAUCGAGAGUCAGCCAUAUUGAAAUGGGAAACAUGGAGAAACCAUCCCUGCAAAAGAUGUUAAUCAACUUCUGUUCAGAAUUUGGUGGAACUUACAUUUUGGUCUUCCUUGGAUGCAUGGGAUGUGUUGCUGGACUCUCCGGAGGUUCUAUUCCUCAUGAACAAAUAUCUUUUGUGUUUGGUUUUGCUGUUUUGAUAGCUGUUCAGUGCUUUGGUCAUGUUUCCGGCGGACACAUUAACCCCAUAGUGACUGUAGCGUCAGUUGUGUUAGGCAACACACCGAUCGCAAUGGCUCCGGUAUACAUCCUCGGACAAUUUGUCGGAGCGAUCGCUGGUUACGGUUCCGUUAUGCUUGUAACACCAAGCGUGCAUCUAGGCAACCAAGUUGUCGGCGGUGUCAAAUCUCCGGGUGUAUGCUCCCCGGCUCUCAACCCUCAAUUAUCACCGGUUCAAGGACUCGCAGUUGAAUUUAUUGCUUCUUCUAUGUUGAUUCUUGUGUGCUGUGCUGUUUGGGACAGGAAAAACAGCGAUAAACAUGAUUCUGUCUCGGUUCGUUUUGGUCUUACUAUUGCUGUGCUUGCAAUGGCGGCUGGGCCCUACAGUGGAGCCAAUAUGAACCCUGCGAGGAGUUUUGCGCCUGCUUUACUUAAUGGCGACUGGAGUAAUCACUGGAUCUACUGGGUAGGUCCAUUGUUGGCUGGAACUGUCACAACUUGGGUUUAUAAGUAUUUGUUUAAUACUCCACCACCAGAGGACAAGCUACCCGAGUCAAUUCCUUUGAAUUGAACAUAACCUCUAGCGGAAACCCUAAAAAUGUCGAAUUUUAGAAUUAUUGCGCGCUUGGGCGUCUAGUAAUUGUACAUUUCUUAUGUACGUUGUUUUGUUUUGUUUGUUUUGUUAAAUCUGACACAUUCAUCGAAUUUAUAUUUUGCUCAAAAGUUGAAGAUCUGAUUUUUAUAUUUGUUAUGUAAUAAUUUAACUAAAAAUCUACUUUUUUUAAAUUUAAAUUGAAACAUAACAAAAACAAUCACAAACAGUCAAUGUGCAUAAAAAAUUAUCAAGGAUAACAAAGAAAUAUCUAUAGUUUUAAUACGCUGCCAAUGAAUAACUGUUAUGAUUUUUUACAUAAAAACGUGAAUAAAAUCGCAAAAUAAUUGUUUAACUUUA